AUGUAUGGACCUCCAAGGACUUUUGAAAGUAUAUUCAUAUCAAAAGAAGUUAUAUGGAAGCAUCAGGCCUGGAACUCCUACUACAACAAACUAUUCUUGGUAAUGGGCUUUUCAUUUUAUCUGCUCCUCCUAUUUGUUGACUUGGCUUUAUGUUCCUCAUGGCUUCAAGGACGAACGCUUCCCCAUAUGACUUCAGAUGUCAAUGAAGUCUCAGGCAAGUCCUUCGAUUACAUUGUCGUUGGAGGAGGCACCGCUGGCUGUCCCCUAGCUGCAACCCUCUCUGAGAAAUUCUCAGUGCUCUUGGUGGAACGAGGUAGCUCACCAUAUGGAAAUCCCUUGGUGUUGGAAACAAAGAACUAUGGGCUCUCAUUGCUUCAAACUGAUAAAUAUACAUCAGUUGCACAGAGCUUUAUCUCCAAUGACGGUGUUCCCAAUCUCAGAGGAAGAGUUCUAGGAGGAUCAUCUGCUAUAAAUGGUGGGUUUUAUAGUAGAGCAAGUGAGGAUUUUGUCCAAAAAGUUGGGUGGGAUAAGGAGGCGGUAAUGGGUGCUUAUCAAUGGGUGGAGUCGAGAAUUGUCUUUAAACCUGAAUUGACCCCAUGGCAGUAUGUUGCUGAGUUUAGCUUUCUUGAAGCAGGAAUUUUCCCAUAUAAUGGUUUUAGUUUGGAGCAUAUUGAGGGAACAAAGGUUGGUGGGAGUGUAUUUGAUGAAUGGGGACGAAGACACACGUCAGCUGAUCUUCUAGAGGCAGGGAAUCCAAACAACAUCACAGUUCUUUUAAAUGCAACUGUGAAGAAUGUCAUCUUUCGUGAAAAAGGUAACAGAAAUGAGACAAUAGCUAGAGGCAUAAGAUUCAUCAAGAGCGACGGCAAUUCGAGCCAAACUUACGAUGCUUACCUCAACCAGGCAGAGAACUCAUGUUCAUGGGGUGAUGUGAUACUAGCAGCAGGGGCCUUAGGCAGCCCUCAGAUUUUAUUGUUAAGUGGCAUUGGCCCUCAGAAACAUAUAAAGAAGUUCAAUAUCCAACUAGCAGCCGACUUAAAGGGGGUUGGAAAAGGAAUGAAAGACAAUCCUGGCAUUGCACUCUUAGCUGACUCUAAGCCCAAAAAUUUCCCACCAGAACCUCCAAAAGUUGUCGGCAUAGCAGAUCACUUCAAAAUCAUAAUUGAGGCAGGAAUUUUACCUAUUAGCCUCAAUGCAACAGUAAUGCCAAUUGCUGCCAAACUUGCGUUUCCAGAAUCAGAAGGAAAGCUAGAACUGAACAGCACAGACCCCAGAGAAAACCCAUCAGUGACUUUUAACUAUCUAGCAAAGGAAAAGGAUUGGGCAAGAUGCGUAAAGCUAGGGCAGUUGCUUGAGCGAGUUGUAAGGUCUGAAUCAAUUGCUUUCUUCCUGGGGUUGGAACGCAAAAAUGAGUUGAUGUCCACUGAAGAUGAGCUAAGAAAAUUGUGCAAGAAGAAUGUGAGGACCUUCUACCACUAUCAUGGUGGUUGCUCUGUGGGGUCAGUUGUUGACAAAGAUUACAGGGUAUAUGGUGUGAAGGGAUUAAGAGUAGUUGAUGGAUCAACCUUCCUGGAAUCACCAGGCACAAAUCCAAUGGCCACCCUGUUGAUGCUUGGAAGGUACCAAGGGAUCAAGAUUCUUGAAGAUAGAAAUUAAUUAUGCUUAAAAAACCCAUCAUAUCCCAGACUUUCAUCAACUUGUAUUAGCCAAUUACCAUGUACAUAUUUGAAUAAAAAGUUUCAGUUUUUUUUUUUU